ACAAUCCAUUGUCCUUUGAAUGAUCGCUGCCUGAAUGAAAAAGAAGGAAAUUGUUGAUUUUGGACGCGAAAUUCAGAAACUGGCCUAGCCGGCCAGAACACGCCAUGUUCUUUGCCGCUUGCUGCUUCAAAUAAUCAAACCCUAGAUUUCAAAAUCUCCCUCUAUAUGUUCUGAAUUCAUCGGAAUUGAACUUGCAUUGCCAGAUUGAGGAAGAAUGGAGAGAGGUAUGGUGUCGGUGGACCAGUGGUCCGGCGGCUCUCAGGCGUAUUUCCUGACGCACCUCCACGCCGACCAUACCGUCGGUUUGUCGCCGACCUGGAAACAAGGCCCGCUCUUCUGCUCUCGCACCACCGCCAAGCUCUUCCCCGUCAAAUUCCCCGGCUUCAACCUUUCUCUCCUUCGAGUACUUGAGAUCGGCCACUGGCAUUCUCUCUCUUUGGCCUCUCCCUCCACUGGAUCCGAUACUACCCUUCAAGUCAUGGCCAUCGACGCUGAUCACUGCCCCGGUGCGGUCAUGUACUUGUUUUAUGGUGAGUUUGGUUGCAUGCUUUACACUGGGGAUUUUUGCUGGGAAACAACUAGCAAGAGGGCGCAGAUUGGAAAGAGCAUGCUUCUUAAUGCUAUCGGGCUUAAAAAAGUUGACAUUCUUUAUUUGGAUAACACUUAUUGUAAUCCAUCCUAUUGCUUUCCUUCUCGAGAAAUUGCUGCUCAGCAGGUUGUUGAUAUCAUUACAUCUCAUCCUGAACAUGACAUCAUUAUUGGUAUAGACUCCUUGGGCAAAGAAGACCUUUUACUCUACAUUGCACGUGUGCUAAAUAUAAAGAUUUGGGUGUGGCCAGAACGCCUACAAAUAAUGCAUCUUCUUGGGUUCCACGAUAUCUUCACUACCAACACUUCUUUAACUAGGGUGCGAGCCGUCCCUCGCUACAGUUUUAGCAUUGAUACUCUGGAAGGACUAAAUACCAUGCACCCCACUAUAGGGAUUAUGCCAUCUGGUCUUUCAUGGAAAUUGAAGCCCCUUGAAGGAAAAAGCAGUUUUUUUGGUUCUGGUCCUUCAAAUCUCCAUCACAGCCGUAGCAAAUUGUGUACGAAAUCUGGGAGUCAAUCUGACAAGCUCAAACUGAGUGAAAGUUUCAGUUCUGUGGAAAAAUAUCAUGAAUACAUAUAUGCAGUUCCAUAUUCAGAUCAUUCAUGCUUUGAUGAGAUAAAAAAGUUUGUUAAGCUUGUCCAGCCAUCCAAGUUGAGAGGCAUUGUUUCUUCAUCGCCUUCUUAUGUCAGUCCCCUUUACCAUUUGGGAAGACUUUUGCAACCAAACCAAACAUCGCAGGCAUUGCAUCGGAAUUUUGAGAAAAGAGGUGAUAACAGAUUUGAAGCUGUUAUUGCUGGAUUUGCUCCUGGAAGUGGUAAUUCUGCUGCUGCAAGAACCAAAAGAAGAAGAAAAAGAGAAUUAUUGCGUGUUCGUUUGAGUAGAGUAAAAAUACUGAGACGACUAGGGUGUGGCACAAAAAUAUUGGAGCUUGCUGACUCAAAUAGUUAAAAGAGUUGAAUGUUGGUAGUGUCUGAUACGUGCAUAGCCAUGCAGCCAGCAAGAUUUGCUCAAGCUUAGUGGAUGUUAGUUGCUUUAGUGGGUAGAUAAUCUCUUAUUUUCUAGCUUAGUGGAGUCAUGUGCAGGUCUUCAGCAGUAGCGGUAGUAGUUCUUCCUAUUUUCUUGUUGUGGUUAUUUUCUCUUUGCAUUGUAAGACUAAAUAUAAGCAACUAAUGGAAUAAAAAGGGCAGCGUAGAAAAAUUCAGGAUA